AUGAAUUGCAAUCGACAUGAUGGGCAUCCCCUUGUAAAGGUUUGUUUUUCGUGUAAUGACCAGCUUGUUUGCGCUGAGUGCACAAAACUUGACCAUUCCAGCCACAUUUUUCGUGAAAUGGAAGAAGUUGGGAAAGAACGCCAGAAGACAUUGCUACAGAAUCUCAGAGAAACGGAGGCUGCGGUUUUGGCGAUACAGCAGGAUUUAGAAAAGCUUCAAACACACAGCGAAGGAAACCGAUAUCGGUCCAAAGAAGUUGCAGACAAGAUACAGCGGCGAAGCAGAGACAUACAAGAUGCCGUAAACCAAUACACAAAGCAGCUCGUGUUUAUUUGCGAGCGACACCACAACAACAACGAAUACGACAUUGCAGAAGCCAAGGUUAGACUCGACUCAGAACUCUUAAAUGCGUUCAAGACCCUAGGAAUAAUACAAGCAGCUUUGGAAUCUGAAAAUUUCCCCCAAAUUAUAGAGACUGAGAAAUUUCACAGGAAUAAUCAGCUUAAAAGGCAAGUAGUGCCCAUGAGAUCACCUAGGAAUGUUGCUUUUGUGCAUGGAGCAGGAACCGUCGGCAAUCUCAGGGAUGUAUUUGGUGAUAUCGAAAUCCAACAAGAUGGCCAUCCACAACGUGUGCGAAACGAUUUUGAGACACGUGAAGAAAGUGAGAAUGCAAAAAGGAGAAAGCAACAUGACGGCUGCAACGUUUGCGAUACGACCGUGACAUCAGCAUUCGAGCAGACGACUACUUCCUAUGGAGUUUGCUUCCUUUGUCCAUCGCAUGCGUCGGCAGACGACUGUUGGAUACGACUGGAGAAAACGAACGAGAUCAAAUUAGUUACCAGGACGGGUAAGGUGAAACAGAUAGUCCGCUUCGAUACAAGUGUAGCCUGCAUAGCUAAUACUGCGGAAGGUCAGAUAGCGGUCACUUGUCCGGACAGUCAUACAAUACAAGAGGUACAACUAGACGGAACCAAAAAGACGCUCUUCCAUCUUGAUAGAUUGUCCCCUCGUGCCAUAUGUCUGACGACGGAGGGAAACCUUUUGAUGAGCUUAGUGGAAAAGUGGAGUUAUGCCUUAUCCGCUUUCAGCACACGGAAAAUAGCUAAAUACACCGUUAGAGGUUACAAAAUGGCAGAGGCAGAGUAUGAUGGCUACCGGAAGAGGUUGUUCAUCAAACCUUCGAGGAUCGCAGCUAGUCCUGCUUCCGGUGACAUAGCUGUUAUAAAUCGAACGGAAUAUGAAACCAGUCAUUUAGUUAUUCUUGACAAACAUCUCCGCCUUAAGUUCCGUUACUUUGGAGACGGUAAAAUAAUCCCAAACUCCAAACGUUAUUGUGGGAAGGAGUCUGUCCAGUUCUGUCCGCAAGACGUUCAAUACGAUAAGGGGAACCAUAUUUUAAUCGCCGAGCUCUAUAGUUGCUCUAUUCAACUAAUUGACGGAAGUGGACAUCUGCUCAAGAUCCUUCAUAUCGACGAGGAUAUCCCCUGGUCAAUGGCCGUGCAUAGUGACCAGCAAGUGUGGACAGGCUACAACAGUGGAAAGGUUAAGGUGCUGAGUUACCGUAAGUAUCCGCUGUUGAACAUUUCCAGAACGUCCCACCUGAAAUGUCACUAUUAUUUCUUUAGAAAAGAUGUAAGGUGA